GCUCUGUUUGGGGCUGGGACUCCUGGCUCGCUCCAUGGCAUCUCCUGGGACACACUGAAUCCUUAAGGUCCCUGCCUGGGGUGUCCCCAUGGCGACAUGGUGGCGGCUCUGUGUGUGCAGCCUGGGGAUCCUCCUGGCGCCGUGUUCUCUUUCUGCUGUGGCUCCCGUGUUCAUUGAUGUGCUGGGUCCCAGGGGUCAGGGGAUUGAACUGGCCUGUAGAUCUGCAGGCUGGUUCCCCAAACCCGAACUCCAGUGGGUUGGCAAGAAUGGGAAGAACCAGGCGAUGGAGAUUGUGACCAAGGUGACUCAGGACAGGGAGAACCUGUACAGUGUUGUGAGUCACGUCACUGUCACAGAAGGAGAAGACAAUGGAGACAUCAGCUGCAUAGUGCAGAAUGGCCUGUUGGACUCCGAGCGACGAUCUGCCAUUCACCUCUCACGUGAUGCCUUCCCCCGUGUUUCUGCCUGGCUGGCUGCAUUCUGGAUAUUGUUCGCUGUGGUUCCCAUUGCUGCUGGAGCUUAUGCAUAUCGUGAAUACUCAGCAAAGCGAAAGGCCUCUCAGAAGAAACGCUCUGAAGAGGAAGCUGUGUUCAUUCAUAAGACUGAGAUGAUAACCUUGGAAACAGAGUGCCGGAAGCUGCAUGAGAAGAUCGACAGGGUGGUCAGAGAGCAAGAUUUCAGGAGGGCUCGGAGCUACAUGGUUCCUGUCACCCUGGAUCAGAAAUGCAAACACCCCAAACUCACCUUGUCUGCAGAUGGCAGAACAGUCUGGCACAACCCGCCUUCCCAAUGGCUGGCUGCCCCAUCUGGGCUCCGGAUCGCCGUGGGGAAGGAGGGAUUUUUGGCCAGGGAGGGUCAUGAUAAGGAGGCAGGGGCUUGCCGGGUGUACUGGGAGGUGGAGGUGGGAGACAGCCCAGACUGGGUGCUGGGGGUGCUGAGUAGGACUGUGAGGCAGAAAGUGACACUUCAGAGGCUGGAAAGCUUCCUUGACUGGGGGUUCUGGGUUCUAAGGAGAUCUGAGGGGCAGUAUCACCCAAGGGAGGCCAACACUGUGAUCCAGAGCUGGAGUGUGAAGCCGACAGUGGUUGGGGUGUAUCUGGAUCUAGAAGGGGGGAGUCUCUCGUUUUAUAGUGUCAAUUCAAUGGCCCUUAUCCUGGAGAUUCCUGUUAAAGUUUCUGAGGAAUUGUUCCCAUUCCUCAGCCCUGGUUAUGCUGAGGGGAGGGACCAGGAGAAACCCCUCAGCAUCUGCCCCCCCAGCGACUGGGAUUUCCCCCAGAAAUUAGGAGUUAGUGGGUCUGUUAUUCAGGGAGAUCCCACAGCCCCUGCACAGCCCCCUGCCCCCAAGAAAGGGGAAGGGACAGAAAAUGACACAGGGCCACCCACAACUGGAGAAACAGCCCCAGCCGCUGCAUAUUGCCCUGCCCCUGGAAACGAGCAAGUGAAUGAAAACAGCACUGGGGCAUCUGUGUGAGAAAAUUUGCAAAAGCUCCUGCCCACCAACCUGCUCCUGAAGCGGAAGCAGGGGGAUAAACCAGAGCAGGAGCAUCCACAGCUGGAAACAUCCCCCAAAGAGAAGGCGGAAAAGAAAACCCCAACCCCCCCGGUCUGAAUCCCACACCCCCAGAAAACCUGCUGUGGGGCAAAGGGAAUCAUGCAGAGAAAAACACUCAGAAUUUGACUCCAGAGUGGUCUCUGGACCUGAUUGUUCUGGGGAUACAAGGCCAGGAAAUACA